AUGCAAAAAGCUUUUAGUUGUUGCUGUUUUGGAAACCCGAAAAGAGCUGAACAAAUUGUUCAAACUAUAAACAGAUUUUCAAUAAGUGAUAAACAAGUUUAUGUUGGUCAUUUUGAAAAGAAAAAUAAACAUUUAGCUGAAAUUAAACGUAAAAAAUAUUUACAAAGACAAGAAUAUAUGAAUAAAUAUCAAGUUGUUAACUUAUGCAUUAAAAAUUUAGAUGAUAAUCUUGAUGAUAAGCAAUUAAAAAAGGAAUUUUCUAAAUUUGAAACAAUUAUUAGCGCUAAAUUAAGUCCAUAG